CAAAAUGAUUUAUGUAUCAUUAGUAGAAUUGUUAUAGCUCGACGAUAUGCAAAUCCGCAACGAUGUAGGUCAACGUCGUUUCCAUGUGGAUACGGCACUGACGUACCGGAACCUCGUGCUACUUAUUCGCGUUUUUAGAGCUAUUGUUCGAAACGCGUUUAACAAUCAUUGCCAUCAUGUGGCUAUUAUUAUCGCUAUAUUAUUGAAAUGUUCUCGAUAUUUCGGUGAUAAUAUCGGUGAUAAAAUGACAACGAUUGCGUACGACGAAAGGAUUUAAAGCGUUGGCUGCGACAUCUGAAUUGUCGGCUGUCUUCACGCAUGUUCAAAGCAUGGCAACAGCGGCGCGCGCCGAUGUGUGCCAUUCUCUACUGACUUCACGUGCGUUCGGCAUGACGGCGGCGCGAUAGCUCGCUUCUCUCGAUUAACUUUAUUCGCGUUCAAGAUAUCGGCCUGUGUUUCCUAGCGGUUGAUGUCCAUGGCAAGCGUUCUGCUCCGAAACGUGACGCGCGCAGGAUUGGGCAGGUGUUUGAAAGGUUGUCGAAUAAUCCUGAGCAACGAAAGGUGCAUCAUGACGAGCCGGGCGAGACUUGAAAAGGUUCUUGAGGAGUUGCAAAGAAAUCCUUAUUAUGACAAGUAUGCUGAAAAAAUCGCGAAGCUGCAGCAGACUAGUCCGGAAGAGUUCCUGCAGCGCGUGGAGCAGCAAGAAAAGAAAGCUCGCGAAAAGCAAGUUAAACAUGUAAUUCCAAAGUAUCAGCCUUCAAACUCGGCAAUAUUUCCAUUCUUAUUUAAAAAUGUACGAUCAUCUUGGAGUCAAACAAUAAAAAGGCAAUAUAUAAAAGAUUUAUCUCAGACUAAAUACAUUACUACGCCCAUUUUUUAUGUAAACGCUGGUCCUCAUAUCGGACAUUUGUAUAGCGCUGUUUUGGCCGAUGCUUUUGUUCGAUAUAACGGCAUGUUGGGUCAUAAAACGUUUUUUGCUACUGGCACCGAUGAGCAUGGUAACAAGAUUAAAGCUGCUGCAGCCAUAGCUGGUUUACCGAAUCUUGAAUACUGUACAAAAAUUUCGCAGCAAUUCAGGGAAAUGUGUGAUAAAUUUGAAGUGGAUUACUCGCGUUUCAUUAGAACUACAGAAAAACAGCAUUGUGAUGCAGUGUAUCAUUUUUGGAAACGGUUAGAAGAAAGAGGGCAUAUCUAUCUGGGAAAGUACUCGGGAUGGUAUUGUGUAUCAGAUGAAGCGUUCCUCUCUGACACAGAGUUGGUGGAACAGAAAGAUUCGUCCGGUAAAAUAAUCAAAGUCUCCGCGGAAUCGGGAAACAAAGUGGAAUGGACAGAGGAAGAAAAUUAUAAAUUCAGACUUAGCGCAUUUCAAGAUGAUCUCAAGUACUGGCUCAAAGAUGAAAACACGGUUAGACCAGCAUUGUAUCAUAAAACAUUGUCCCAGUGGGUAGAGGAAGGUACAUGUUUACAGGAUCUAAGUAUUACUAGAAUUAGAAACAAAGUGCCAUGGGCUUUACCUUCUCCAUGUAAUGAAUUCCAUUCGAUAUAUGUGUGGCUGGAUGCCUUAAUAAAUUAUUUAACAGUCUUAGGAUAUCCAAAUGAAUCAUACAAAGAAUUUUGGCCACCCACUAUUCAAGUAAUUGGAAAAGAUAUUUUGAAAUUUCACGGUAUUUAUUGGCCAGCAUUUUUAAUGGCGGCAGGUCUCGAGCCGCCAAAGACAUUAUUGUGUCAUGCUCAUUGGACUAUUGAUCAUCAGAAAAUGUCGAAAUCAAAAGGUAACGUAAUUUCGCCAUUUGAAGCUGCAAAUGAUUAUACAGAAGAAGGAUUACGAUACUUUAUUUUAAGAGAAGCGGUACCACAGAACGAUGCAAGUAAGAUAAAUCACAUGCAUUAUUAUAUGUCAUUUUGCACCAUAUUUUUUAAUUAUCUAUUCACAGAUUAUAGUUCAACAAAAAUUAUUAACAUAUUAAAUUCCGAAUUGGCGGAUACGCUGGGCAAUCUAGUGAAUCGUUGCGCGGGUAAAGCGGUCAAUCCGUCCAAAGAAUUUCCCGAUCCAGCCAAAUAUUGGAACGUGUUGCAGUCUCAAGUAGCUGACGAAACUAGAGAGGCUUUAAAGUCCGUAGGUGAAAAAGCACGCGAUAGCUAUGAAGAAUAUAAUUUGCAUCACGUGGUGGACGCGGUCAUGAGUAUGCUUCAUUGUGCGAACAAGAUGGUAGCGUAUCAUGAGCCUUGGCAGCUAAGGAAGCAAGUCGACGAUGCAGAUUCGAUCGAGGAACUUAAAGCUGUGAUAUCGCUCGCUUUAGAAAGUACUAGAAUAGGUGCUUUAAUAUUAUAUCCAAUCGUACCAAAAUUGAGCAGUAGUUUGCUCGAUUUUCUAAAUAUCCGAAAAGAGAAUCGCAUGUGGACGGAUACCGUCCCUAACUUUUUUAACAAUAGCUUGAAAGAAAGAUAUAUUGAACGCAACAAUUUGAUAUUGUUUAAGAAAAUAAGAAAUUAA